AUGGUCACUGGUUCAAGCAUUCCAAAUCGAGAAGCCCGGGUCGCCUGGCUUCAGGAAAAUGGCCUACGUGUGUACCCAAUUCACAGACCGUCGUCAACCAUUACGUCCAUUGAUGGUCACUCCUCCCUGCGAUACGACACGAUGCCCAACCACCAGAAAUGCGCCGGCUGUGGAAAGGGCAGCUGUACGUUGACCUGCUCUCGCUGCAAGGUCACUGAGGUAGGCCAUCUCCGAGUCCACUACUGCUCAAGCGAAUGCCAAAAAUCCGACUGGCCGUCCCACCGGAAAGUAUGCCGAUCCCGACAACAGCUCGCGCGCGCUGUUUCUAUUCUUACUGGGCUGUGGGCUGUCCUGCAGACCAGUACCUAUGCUGAGAGAUGCGAUUUCUCCCACGAGGACAACGGUCUCAUCGCGGCUGAGCACUGGAAAAACGACCAAGAUCGUCGAUGCUACACUGGUGCCUCGUUUGUUAGACGCUUCCCGGACGAUGUGAUCCCUACCAAUAUGAGCGCGAAGGCAGAGAAGGCUGUGCUUUUUGAUAAAAACACAGAUGAGAUCACCUCGACUGGAAUGCCUUGGGUUAAAAGCUUUCUCCAACCUCUCUGCAUGAAAAUUGAAGAAAUCGAAAUCAACAUCAAGAACCCAGCUCUCAUGAUCGGGUCACUAAAGUUCGCUGGACACAAUGUCCUACGCGUAACAACUAAGGCAGGUGAGGUCCUCGCCAUAGAUAUCUCAGGCGCGCGAUAUGUGUUCCGCCGAUACCGCAUCGAUACGAUCCUGCUAGAAUGCGCAAUUGGGAAUGCGGCGAAGCAGGCCGCUGUUGCAGACCAGCUACUCAUGUUUUCCCCGGGGAACCCUGAUGCCUUCCUGUACAAGACCCGCGAAAGUCUUGUCGGCCUCGUCACUGAGAGCAUUGAUCGUUCGAUCGCGAGCUUCCCGGGAGCCAUGAACUCGUUAAUGUUGUCCCCCCAACGGCAUUUUGAGGAUUUCCACCACCUGACUAUCCGCAGCGUCAAGCACUUCAUGGACGAUGCCGUACAACAACUUCAUCGAGCAGGAGUGGGCCGCAUGUUUUUCGUCGAUCUGAACGGUACCAAGGAAUUGCUUACUGCGAUUACGCCCAGUACAAAAUACUCUGAACUCUUCAAGAAGGCCUGGUUCACGGAGGCUGAGAUGGUAGCAUUCAAGGAUGAUCAAUCCCUCAAGAAGAUGUGGAUAUGUAGAAUGUCCAAGCUACACAAGGAGAACUGCUGUGACAAGACGCAUCAAUGGAUGGGAUUCUGA